AUGGCGAAGGGUCCAGGAUUCCAGCGCCAGGUUCCCAUGAUAGCACCUGGGGCCUUCGCAAUCAACUCGGGAACGCAUUCCAACGAUUCGACGAGUUUGGUGCUUCUGCGCCUGUUGGUGGCACUCAAGGGCGUUCAUAACCAAUUUUGGGGCGCAAUAAAACAGAUGCGAUGUCUCUUGCUUACCGUGCUCCCCAAGCUGAAGACCUUCAAAUUCAACUUGGGGAGUAUUCAAUUAGUCCUGAGUCGGCGGCCCACGCUCGCGGCUUCAUCAUUAUUACCGCCGAUCACUUGUCUCUUGCUUGGCGUUCCCUCACCGUAG